UCCGGGAACGUCACAGGUAGGCGAUACUAUCAGAUGCGGACAUCGAGGCAGACCGUUUCCCAAUGUUUUUCGAGGUUACUAGGUCUCCUGGAAGCAGCAUAGGAUAGCUACAGUCUAUUUUAUCUCGCACUAGCUUCUUCUAAAUACAACGACAACCUGCGCUAUAGAGUUUCCAUAUACCUAGUGAAGUCUAACACAGCACACACGGGGUGAAGAUAUACCCGAAGGCUGAAGGUGCAUUCAGCCAGCAGUCGACUGGCGAACACGCAACACGGUUGGUGACUCUUUAAAUGAGUGUGUCUGUGGCAGGCAGCAGUCUUCUUACACCACUCUUCCAGAACGCCAGUUGCUUAAUUCUGUAAUACCGCGCGCGGUUCCAAAAUUAGUUGAUUCAUUUGUGUGUUUGUUUUUCCCUCUACAUUUUACUGUACAUUUUGAGAGUGAUGGUGCCGUGGCUUCGGACAGAUCUCGUCGUCCAGCUUCUCGUCUUUUUAGUUGUGCUCGUGACCCACAGCAGUGAGAGCAAAACGACAACUGCCGCGCUACUGGGCAAAAUCAAGUGGCGCUCCAUCAUCAAAUGGACAAAUCUGUGGAUCAAAACCAAGAGGAGGAUCUCUCAAAAGCAGGACGCCAAUCCCGAAAUUUCCAUGACUUCCGUGGAAAUCAUUUCUAGUCGAGGGUAUCCAGUGGAAGUGCACACGGUAGUUACCGAUGACGGCUAUAUCCUUGAAGUCCAUAGGAUACCGCACGGCAAAGGUCAGUCGACAGACUCGAGCACACCUCUUGGUAAGCCAGUCUUCUUACAACAUGGUUUUUCGACCAGCGACGCCGACUGGCUCAUCAGUCCGUCUGAUCGAUCGCUAGCUUUUCGCCUGGCCGAUUUGGGAUAUGACGUUUGGUUAGGCAACGCGCGUGGGAAUAUCUAUUCACGCAAACAUGCAAAUAUUGACCCAUCAAGUGAAGCAUAUUGGAAAUUUUCAUGGGAUCAAAUGGGAACGUUCGACAUUCCGUCCGUGGUGAACUACAUUUUGACAAAGACCGGAAGAGCUAAACUAAGCUACAUUGGCCACUCUAUGGGUUGCGCCAUGUUUUUCGUUGCCAUGAUCAAUCGGCCAGAGUUGAACGAUCGAAUCGAAGUCAUGAUGGCACUGGCUCCGGCCACAGCUUUGGCCCAAAUGAAGAGUCCAAUCCGCUACUUUGCGCCCUUCGCCACGCCACUCCAAAUCGUCCUGAGGCUAUUGCGAACGCGGGCUUUUUUGACUCGGGAUGAUUUGAUGCAUCGGCUUCAAGCGGCUUUUUGCCGUGAACAGGAUCGACACAAAACUUUCUUUUGUCGAAACAUGGUUUUUGCUCUGGUCGACGAUGAUUUGCGCAACAUUUCCCCGGAUCUCUGGCCCGUCAUGGAUGGCCACGUACCUGCGGGCACUUCAGUUCGCACGGCAGCGCAAUUUGCCCAAAAUUAUAACUCAGGCGAGACUUUCAUACCCUACAGUUACGGUUGGUUGCGAAAUUUGCAGCGGUAUAAUGGGCGGCUCACCCCACCACCCUACGAACUAAAUAAAGUGACGUGCCCCGUCUACAUCUUUUACGGUGACAAUGAUCUUUUAGUUGGUCCGGGGGAUGUUGCCUGGCUGGCUGGGAAACUGGGGAACGUGAAAGAAUCGAUUAAAGUGGACCACGAACUGUACAAUCAUUUCGACUUCUUGUGGGCAACGGACAACAAUCGAGUCCUUUACGAUCCAAUCAUAUCCCGUCUGCCAUCGGCAUUGUGAUUGUGAUCUAUUCGAAACGAACUUUGCUGAGCAUUGUUCUUGUACAUAUAAAGUCUCAUUUUUAUUUAUUACUCCGUGGCGCAUUCUAUGUUGACACAGUCAAUCGACCAUUCAAGAGAUAAAUAUUUUUGAUGCGCAUUAUUAUUAGCUACGGUAUAUUAUACUUGCCAUAUUUAUAAAAACACUCGAAAUGAUUUAAUAUGAAAUACGGACGCCAUAAUGUGCGCAUUCUUAUGAUUUCCCGUUAUUUAUAUGAUGAUAUAAUCAUUUAACUAUAUAGCUUUGCGUAGUAUGAAGAAAUGGACAAUGGAGUUGCAUCUAUCCGGUAUUGCAUCUAUAUGGGGUCUGAAUUUAUUUUUACAUACAUUUAUCGGACCAGCAAAAAAUAUUGAUGCAACUAUUAGACACAUUUUAUUUGUUCCUCGCAAGGUAUAAACGGCGAAC